AUGGAGGAGACGACGGUUCGAGGAGAAGAUUCUACCGAUCCGAUUGCUGCAAUUCCAGUGAAUGAAGAAUUUGUUGGUGAUUCAAUAAGCACUGAUCAAGCAGAGUUAAACAUUGACACUGCUGGCUCGUCUUCAAGUCCAAUUGAUGAAGACUUGGUUGGUGUUGUAGUAAGCAAUGGUGACGAAGCUUUUGAGUUAUAUAAUGGAUAUGCAUACAGAGCUGGUUUUAGUGUGAGGAAAGGCCAACAACGUUAUAAGGCAUCUACUAAGUCAAUUCAGAUGAAGAGGUUCUUCUGUGCUAAGGCUGGGUAUAAGGAGAAACCAAAUAGUGGUGUUAAGCUUUAUUCAAAGAUAGAUAUGAGGACUGGCUGUGGUGCACUUGUUCAGUUUGAUGUGGGGGGUGAUGGGAUGUGGACAGUUACAAAACAUGUGAAAGAGCACAAUCAUGAGUUAUGUUCAUUUGGCAAGAGUCAUCUGCUCUGGUCGCAUAGAAGAGUGGAAACAAUCAUCUUGAAUAUUUAA